AAUACGAAUCAUCAAAAACAACAUGGCGACGUUGUGGCUGUCGUUCAUCCUUCAAGUCUUCCUAGCACUGAGUGUAGUUUAUGUAACUUCUGCCAAACAUGUUCACGAGUUUGAAGUGCAUGGAAUUGAUUCAAUGCAAACUCUGGAACAAAAUUCAGUCAUCAGGAGUAGGCGAGACGUGUCAGAUUCAGCUUGCAAGAUUCAGGAGCAAAAUUUCUUGCAGGAAGUUAACUCGGGGAAAGUAAAACUUGAACAGAAGUAUGCAUUCCAGAACGAGUCCUACUAUAGUCUAGCACUGGCCUGGUGUGGAAAUAAUGGGGAGUUGCUGGUGGUAAUUACACAGGAAAUGUUUGGGAUGGUGCAGCCAUCAAAAGUAUACAAAAGUCUUAACUUUGGUGCUGAGUUUAAUGAAGUGAAGCUUAAUACCCAGCCUAGAAUCUACAAACAUAAUGGUGUCCAUAGAAAUCCUCACAACACCAGAAAGAUUUACUUGGUGGACUCUGGAGAUAAGUAUGGAUCCCAAUUGUUUAUCACGGACAACGGGGGUAAAAGUUUUUUUACAUCCAAGCUUUCCUUUCAUCUGACGGGCAGUAUCAUGUUCCACCCGAGCCAAUCGCAUGAGGACUAUCUUCUGGCCUCAUCAGCCCUGCUGACCACAAAGAUUAACGGUGAUACCAAGAAUUUAGUGAAACUGUACGCCAGUUUUGAUAAUGGGAGAAGUUGGGCCAUGGUGGAUGAAUAUGUACAGACGUAUAAAUGGGGAACUGCGGAUGACGACCCUAAAACGAUUUACGCCACCGUAGACCCCGCAAAGACACAUCCUUUCCUGGCUACCUUUGUCACUGUCAAAUACAACCUACACCGCUUCACAGACGGCACAGCGGGCAGUAAAACAAACAUCCUGGGCAAUGUCAUAUCGUUUGGACAUCAGGAUAAAUUCCUCUAUGCUUCAGUCUUCUCAGGAAGUGUGCGAGGAAACAGACUCAUGAAGAUUUCAACCAAUCACGGCAAAACUUGGCAUACAGCCCAGCUGCCAACAAUUACUGGAGACAGAUUUUUCUCUGUGUUGGACAUGAGUGAGAAUCUGGUAUUUAUGCAUGUAGAUAACCCAGGAGACACUGGCCAUGGGACGCUGUACACUUCAGGAGGCAUGGGUAUAGUGUAUUCUGAAUCCCUCCCCCAGCACCUGUACCCAAACUACGGGGACGUCACAGACUUCUACCGAGUGGAGUCCAUGCGGGGGGUAUAUAUCACCAGUCAGAUAAACCAGGACAGCAGCAUACGCAGCAUGAUCACUUAUAACCGCGGCGCCACGUGGCAGCCCCUCCCACGACCCAACAGCAGUCCCUGUAAAGAUGAGACAAAGCCUUGCCACCUCCAAAUUCACGGAACAUACAGUAUCCAGCGAGGUGUGGUGGCCAGCCCGCCACUCAGCACAAAGACAGCACCAGGAAUUGUGCUGGUACAUGGUCAUGUGGCAGAUGCUCUGCAGACAACUCACCCUGAUGUGUACGUCACCAGCGAUGGGGGCUACACCUGGGCAAAGGCUUUGACUGGUCCCCACCAAUACCAGAUUGCUGACAGUGGAGGUUUGUUGGUGGCCAUCUCAUCCAACGACCCACAACCAACAACGAUCAAAUUCUCGAUAGACGAGGGACGAUGCUGGCAUGAUUACAAGUUCAUAAAGAACCCAGACGAUGCAAUUGUAAUGACAGGACUGCUGACCGAGCCCGAGAACCGGGCAAUGACGGUCGGGGUGUGGGGGUACCACCCACAGAACAAGACAUGGACGGUGUUUGUCAUUGACUUUGAGAAGGUUAUCAAAAGAAAAUGUGUUAGUGAUGACUACGAGGUCUGGAAACCUCACUUUAAGCUGAGGAUGGAUGAAAAAGCUGAUGUGAAGGGCUGUCUGUUAGGGAAGAAGGAGGAAUUCAAAAGAAUAAAAAAGGAUGCAUGGUGCCAAAAUGGAUAUAAUUACGAGAUAGAGAGGACGACAACAAAUUGUAUUUGUACACGUGAAGAUUACGAAUGUGAUUACGGAUAUUACAGACCGACGAACUCGGAUGUCUGUCAGAGGAUCAGUUUGUUUACCAAACCUGAAAUUGACAUUUGUUUACGGGGCCAUGAGGAAAAGAUUGUUACGGAAGGGUAUAGGAAGAUCCCAGGAGAUGUUUGCACUGGAGGCUUUUCUCCCCCGGGUAGAGUAAUUGACAUGUCUAUCCAAUGCUCAGAGGACUCGAAACAGCUGGUGCUGGAGGAAAUCACUUCUAACAAGCACAGGGGAGGAUCCAAUGGGAGUGUGAUCGCUGCUGUUGUGAUCAUUAUUGUGUUGCUAGUUGUCAUCAUGGGAGUGUUCCUGGUCCACAAAUACAUAAUACUCAGAAGACACCGUGUUGUGUACCGAUACUCCUUGCUGAACCAGACUGAUGCCGAGCAAUAUGAUAAUGAGUUUGAGACGGCUAUAUCUGCCACGUCCGGCACCGUAUAUCAUGAUUCGGAC